CUUUGGCCAGAUGGUGGUUUUCCUUUUCCUGUGCUUUUGAGCUCUGAAAUUCCUGCUCCGGCUAAGGGUUCCCCCUCCUGUGGCCUGGUUCCAAUUCUGGUGCUCCGGUUUUUGACUCCUAUCCUGGCUCGUUGGUUUUGAAAGGUCCCAUCUCUGCUUAGCUGUAAAAACUAACAGAAUAACCUUCCACCCUGACCCGGCUUCUCUGCCUGACCUACACUGCUGGGUUGUUGUGAAUGAUUAUGUAUGUUGAAUCGGCUGUCCCAACCCAUGCGAGGGAUAUUUCUGCCGACUUGAUGAAACAGUUUGCUUUUCUUUCCGGUGGGCGAGGAAAGGACCACGGCUGGAUCAUAACAUUUCCCGAAAACUCCAGUUUCAACCAAUUGCCUGAGGAGGUUGUGAAAAAAGUUUUGAGCUACUUAACUUGGAUCCCAAGCCAACGCAAAUCUGACAGCAAAUUUAUCCUAAUCCUGGAUAAACGGCUGGAUACCUGGACGUCCAUCAAAAUGUCUCUCCAACGAAUCGCAGCGUCCUUUCCUGGCAGGCUCCACCUUGUCAUGGUCCUGCGUCCCACCGGAUUUUUCCAGCGCACUUUUACCGACAUUGGGUUCCGGUUCAGCCAAGAAGAUUUCCUGCUGAAGCUGCCGGUGGUGAUGCUGAGCUCAGUCAGCGAUCUGUUGGCCUAUAUAGAUGAGAAGCAGUUGACCCCUGAACUUGGGGGGACCCUGGAGUAUUGCCACAGCGAAUGGGUCAUCCUCAGGACGGCCAUAGAAAGUUUUGCCCUCAUGGUGAAGGAAAUCGCCCAGAUGUUACAGGCCUUUGGCAUGGAGCUGGCAGAAACGGAGCUGCCGGACGACACCUAUGCAAUUGAACGGAUCCUGGCCCUGCGCACGGAGAAAUAUUACCAGCUAAAGGAAGAUAUAACGACAAUUACCAAACAAGGAACCCUGCUCUUGUGUAGCUUAGAGGAACCAGACACCGAUGAAGCUGAUGAAGAGGAAGCUCAGGAGAGGACCGGCGACUGGGAGACAGUCAGCAGAUUGCUGACCCAGUUACGUGAGAUGGAAAUGGCUUUUGAUGGAUUCUGGGAGAAGCAUCAGCUGAAGAUGGAGCAGUUCUUACAGCUGUGGAAAUUUGAGCAGCAUUUCCAAGAGCUCAGUAAAGAGAUGGAAUUUUUGAUGAACCAGCAGGGACAGCUUCCUGAUACUGGAGAUAACAUCUCUCAGGUGAAACAGAGACUCUCCGAUUUGGAAAAUCUGAGCAAAACAGCACAGGAUUUAACUGGGAAAGCACAAGUAGUGAUUCUCCAUGGCCACCAGCUGGCUGCUAACCACCACUACGCCCUCAACCUGAUCUGCCAGCAGUGCAACGAGCUGAGGCACCAUUCGGACCUCUUGCUGGAGGAAAUCAAAAGAAAAUGCAACCGGCUUCAGAAAACCUUGCACCUCCUCACCUCCUUGCAGCAGGCCCUAGAGUGCUGUGACGAAGGUGCGUAUCUUCUCGCCAACCAACCAAUGGAUAAAUGCCAGUCCCGGGAAGGCGCCCAAAAAGCACUGGAGGACAUUGAGAAGUUCCUGGAGAACUCUUCACCGCAUUUGAAUGCUGAUCCCCAAGCCCUGUACUCUGACUUUGAGUUCAUUUUAACCCCUGAACUCAAGGCCCGGAUCCAGAUGGUCCAGAUGAAACUUGAGAACGUGCGCAGCAUGUUCGAGAACAGGCAAGCCUGCUUCAAAAAGCUGGCCGACAAGCAAGUACGCCCAGUGCAGCUUGUAGCCCCACGUCCAGAAAACUCGCCUCGCUCAAGAUCCCCGUUGUUCUCUCCCAAACAUGGUGUAGAUUUUAAUUCCAGUUUGAGAUUUUCAUUUGAUAUAUCCCUGCCGGGGAAGAAAACUUCCAGGAAAUCUCAAAGUUCCCGCAAGAUUGAAGUCAUGCACGAUUUCCAAGAGAAAAGGAAUUCCUUGCAGUUUUGCAUUUCGGAAAGCGAGGACAGUUUAGACAUAGUGAAGAGCCAUGUAAUAAAUGAACUGAUAGAAACGGAGAGGGUCUACGUGGAGGAGUUGUUCACCAUUUUGAUGGGUUACAGAGCUGAGAUGGACAACCCCACCAUGGCCUUUCUCCUGCCGCCUCCCCUUCAGAACCGCAAAGAUGUCCUCUUUGGGAACAUGCCUGAGAUCUACGAUUUCCAUAACAGGAUUUUCCUCCAUCAUCUGGAGAGCUGCUUUGAAGCACCUGAAAGAGUUGGAUGCUGUUUCUUGGAAAGGAGGGAAGAUUUCCAGAUGUAUGAAAAAUACUGUCAGAAUAAACCCCAGUCGGAAUCUCUCUGGAGGCAAUGUGCUAAAAGUGCCUUUUUCCAGGAAUGCCAAAGAAAACUGGAGCACAAGCUUGGCUUGGAUUCUUACCUGCUUAAGCCAGUGCAGCGAUUGACCAAAUACCAGUUACUUCUGAAGGAACUGCUGAAAUACAGUACAAGUUGUGAGGGAGUUCAGGAGCUCCGAGAAGCUUUGGUAGCCAUGCUGGAUUUGCUGAAGUCGGUCAACGAUUCCAUGCAUCAGAUUUCAAUCACAGGUUAUGAUGGAGACCUCAGUGAACUGGGCAAAGUGCUGAUGCAGGGAUCUUUCAGUGUCUGGACAGGCCACCGGAAAGGACCCACCAAGAUGAAGGACCUUGCCCGGUUCAAGCCCAUGCAGAGGCACCUCUUCCUGUACGAGAAAGCCCUGGUGUUCUGCAAGAAGAGAGAAGACCACGGCGACAGCUAUGACAAAACCUCAUCCUACAGCUUCAAGCACUUUUUGAAAAUGAAUGCCGUUGGAAUCACAGAAAAUGUGAAGGGAGACCAUCGCAAGUUUGAAAUCUGGUACAGCGGUCGUGAGGAGGUAUACGUUGUACAGGCUCAAACCGUUGAUCUGAAGAUGGCGUGGUUGAAUGAAAUCAGAAAAAUUUUGUUCAAACAGCAGGAACUUAUUAAAGUUGAGAAGCAGUCGGCGCCUUCAAGCACAGACCAGAUCCAACUUUCUCCCCCGUUGAAUGAUGGGAAAAAACCCCGAGCCUCCGUCAGUUCAGAGGAAAAUGAUUCUGACCGCACCAGCCCUAUAACUGUGGAGAGUGGCACUUCUCCACCCCAGCACAAGCCGAACAGGUCCUGGCCGGGCAUGUCCCAUUCCUUGGAAAUCUGUGAAGGGCUUGAUGGCUGGUCUGGCCAGAGCUACUUCUUGACGUGCUCCGACACGGAAGAGGAAGAUGGGAAUCAACUGGACUGGAGCGUCAUGCUUUCCUGUGGAACUCAUUGCCACAAGAUCUGGUGA